AUGUUUUUCGCCGGCAUACGCUUUCUCAUCGAUGUCGGCUUUCUAUACUUUCUUGCGGGUCUGUGGGAGAAGUUAAAGACCGCUCGGAGGGAGCCGUUCCAUCCCCCUCUUCCCCACAUCCAUACUCGCACAUCUCGAUUCAAUCUGGUAUCCGAGAGGAAUCGAGAAGAAGGGAGGAGAUUUGCUUCCAGAAUCUCUUCCGAUGAUCGGUUGGUAGCAAGAUCACCCGUGAUCGUUUCUCCUGAGUUCGCGCUCAAUCAAGAAAGCAUCAUCCCCCAUAAAAAGGUUUAAUCCUCGAAUAUAGUCUCCCAAGUCUCAAGUUCAGCACAAGCUUUAAGUCAGGCGAUGUUGCAUGGUUACUUCUUCAGCAUAUCAAGAAUGUGGUUUCUAUCUUGUUCCAUCAGAAACAUAUAGCUGCGCAGGAGCUGCCAUACAGGAUAUUGGAUGCGUCUCUGAUCUGAUUUAGCUCAUCUGUGUGUCAAAAUUUCUUUUUAGCGGGCACAACUUGGUAAUUUGCAGUUUCUGUCUUCGUGAUACAGAGCUGAUACAAGAUGUUUGAUUGUACUGGUUACAAGUCUCAAUAUAUGGAUGGCCAGAGAGAGAAAUUUGUAAGGCUGGAGGAGUCAAGUCCUAGGCUAUCUUUUGCUUCUGAUACUGGCAGAAUGAACAAGUGUGGUUUCAACAUUGAGGGAUUUCGCCCUGGAUCAAAAAACCCAUCAAAAUCCUUCAAGGGAGGAAUGAGAAGGGGAUCCGAACGACUUAAAUCAAUUGGUCGAUCUAUAGGAUUUGGUGUUUCUAGGGCAGUUUUUCCAGAAGAUCUUAAAGUUUCUGAGAAAAAGAUAUUUGAUCCUCAAGAUAAAUUUCUUCUGAGAAUGAACAGGCUUUUUGUCGUAUCAUGUAUUAUUGCUGUAGCAUUGGAUCCAUUAUUUUUUUAUCUUCCUGUAGUUGAUGAAGCAGCAGUUUGCAUUGGUCUAGAUAGAAAGUUGGCAAUCACAACAACCACAUUGCGGACACUCAAUGAUGCUUUCUACCUUCUUCGGAUGGCUCUUCAAUUUCGUACUGCUUAUAUUGCUCCAUCAUCUCGGGUUUUUGGCAGAGGUGAACUUGUGAUUGACCCCGCACAAAUAGCUCAGCGGUAUUUGAGACGCUACUUCACCAUUGACUUUCUUGCAGUUCUACCACUUCCACAGAUUAUAGUUUGGAAAUUCCUGAGUACUUUAAAAGGUCCAGAUGUGAUGACUGCAAAAAAUGCAUUGCUUACUAUUGUCAUGCUUCAACUUCUUCCCAGAUUCUUCCGGAUUGUCCCAUUAACAUCAGAGUUAAAAAGGACAGCUGGCGUCUUUGCUGAAACGGCUUGGGCCGGUGCUGCAUACUAUCUACUGUGGUAUAUGCUUGCUAGUCAUAUAGUUGGUGCUUUCUGGUACUAUUUAGCCGUGGAACGUGAAAAUGAUUGCUGGCGUUUAGCUUGUAAGAAUUUUGGAGGGUGUGAUGCAUUGUACUUGUAUUGUGGCAGCGAGGAUUCGGAAUCUUUUGCCAAAUGGAAGAAUGUUAGUCAGGAAUUUACUGACAAGCAAUGUUCAUUGGAUGAUGAUAAUCCACCAUUUAAUUUUGGAAUCUAUAAGCUGGCCUUGACAUCUGGAAUUGUUUCAUCAUAUAAAUUCGUUUCGAAGUUUUUUUAUUGUUUAUGGUGGGGUCUGCAAAACCUGAGUACCCUUGGCCAAGGACUACAAACAAGUACUUUUCCUGGAGAGGUUAUCUUUUCUAUAGCACUAGCUAUUCUUGGACUCAUUCUCUUUGCACUCCUUAUUGGCAACAUGCAGACUUAUCUCCAGUCUCUGACGUUACGGCUUGAAGAGAUGAGAGUCAAAAGGCGUGACUCAGAGCAAUGGAUGCAUCACCGCUUGCUGCCACAUGAUCUUAGGGAGCGUGUUAGACGAUAUGAUCAAUAUAAAUGGUUGGAGACACAAGGGGUGGAUGAAGAAAGCUUGGUUCAGAGCCUGCCCAAGGACCUUAGGAGGGACAUUAAGCGCCAUCUUUGUUUAGCUUUAGUGAAAAGAGUCCCUCUGUUUGAGAACAUGGAUGAGAGGUUGCUGGAUGCAAUUUGCGGACGGCUGAAACCAAGCCUGUAUACAGAAAAUACUUAUAUUGUAAGGGAAGGUGAACCUGUGGAUGAGAUGCUUUUCAUCAUUCGCGGCCGCUUGGAGAGCGUUACUACUGAUGGUGGAAGAAGUGGCUUUUUCAAUCGAGGUUUGCUGAAAGAAGCGGAUUUCUGCGGUGAGGAAUUGUUAACCUGGGCUCUGGAUCCCAAAUCUGGCUCCAAUCUCCCAUCUUCCACCAGGACUGUAAAAGCUUUGACAGAAGUGGAAGCUUUUGCUUUAGUUGCUGAUGAAUUAAAGUUUGUGGCUAGCCAGUUCAGACGGCUUCACAGCAGACAGGUUCAACACACAUUUCGCUUCUAUUCGCAACAGUGGAGGACAUGGGCAGCCUGCUUUAUCCAAGCAGCAUGGCGACGCUACUCAAAGAGGAAGAUGGCAGAACUCCGACGUAAGGAAGAAAUGGCAGGAGUAGGUGAUCAGAUGACUGGUAGUUCUAGCCUUGGAGCAACCCUCUAUGCAUCUCGAUUCGCAGCCAAUGCUCUUCGCGGAGUUCAUAGACUCCGGAGCAAGAGUGUAAGAGAAUUGGUGAAAUUACAAAAGCCUCCUGAACCUGACUUUGCAGUAGAUGACGCCGAGUAACCCAAUUUUCGGCAGCCUAUAUUUGUUUUUUGUCAGUAUUGAUAACGCCCUUCUUUCAGUAGAUUCCCAUCAAUGUAUAAAAGCUGGAGGAUGGUUCUUCAACGGUGAUAACCAAGCAAUUUGUAGUGUUUCUAACGUUGUUACCUUUUAUUCUGUACUUUUUCGGACAGACACCAGUAUGUUAGAUAUAAUCCACUUCUGAAUGCUUGAAAAGUGUGGGAAGGAAAUGAAAAAUUGUGAAAUUUUGUGGCGCA